AUGCUAAACAACGAUGGUCUAGGUUAUGUAUUUCACAAAGAACAAAUGAUCAGCCAUUUAUUAUACAUAGAUGACUUGAAACUAUUUGCGAAGAUUGAUGUUCAACUGAAUCAAGAGCUGGGUGUGGUGAAAAGAUUCAGCGAUGCUAAACAAAUGUCUUUCGGUUUAGAUAAGUGUUCAAAAGUCACCCUCAAGAAAGGAAGACUUGUUUGCGGCAUUGACACAAAAUUUGAUGACAACACAGAGAUGCGAAAUUUAGAUCAGGAAGGGGUGUACAGAUACCUUAGUGUUGAACAAAGCGACUGCAUUCAACAUAGCAAAAUGAAGGAAAAGAUCAGAAAAGAAUAUUACCGUCGUCCCAGUGGCAGAUCUAGGGAGGGGCUGGAGCGAGUCAGUGUCCCCCCCAUUGUGAGGCGUAUUUGUUUUAAGUCAGUAAAAGUAAUUGGUAUAAAAAAGCUCGUCGGCGUAAUUCUUGACGACCAUUUUACCAUAAAUGGUCAACAUUUUUCAAAAUCUCCUCCCGUCAACGAAAAAAAGUUUUCUAAUUAA